GGUAGAGCAUGGGGUGUUUCCACUCUCCCUCUCGAUCUGAUCCUCUGAUUUAAAACUAAAAACAGGCCAUGGAAGCCACAUCAGAAACCUUAGUACAUAUCCAAGAGCUGGUCAGGAAGACGACUGAGAGACUUGAAACCGAUUUCUCCAGGAUUGGAACCAAGAUUCAUAGGUUCCCGCGUGGCCUGAAGGGAGUCGGCGGCAAAGGCGGCCGCUACAUCAUCCCGAGCUUCGUGGCCCUCGGCCCGUACCACCAUGGCUCACCCCAGCUGCAAGAAAUGGAGGAGGUCAAGCACGCGGCGGCGCACUACUUUUGCGCAGAGUCGGGCCACUCGGUUGAGGAAAUGUACGACAAGAUCCUCUCCAUCAUCGGCCAAGUCCGCUGCUGCUACGCUGAAGAUGCGAUCGCGGGUUUCAGUAACGCCGAAUUUGCGGCAAUGAUGUUCCUCGAUGGUUGCUUCCUGCUGCGCUAUAUUACCUUUGAUAUGUUAUGUGCUCUUCUGACAAAUCGGAUGACCCUGUCCACCGGGCCUUGCAUGCUGAGGGACAUCUUUCUGCUGGAGAACCAACUACCUUGGUUGGUGCUGGAGGCUCUCAUGGCUUUCACCAAUAAUAUUGUUCCUGUGUACAGGUUUGUUUAUAACCUAUCGUUCGAUUUUGAGGCCAUCUCAGUUUCAGACUUGAGAGUUAGACUCUCCGAAGAUGAGUUCCAGAGGUACAGGCCGCCACAUCUCCUUGGGCUGUUCAGAUACUAUCAGAUAGGUGCCAUGCCCCCCGAGGAUCCUAGCUACAAGCGCCGAUGCCGUGCGCUAGCUAGUGGUGCGACCGAGCUGUCGGAAAUCGGUGUCAAGUUGACCGCCAGCGACAAGAGAUGGUUCGCAGACAUGAGCAUCCGUAAAGGACCCCUCGCCGGUGCGUUGUCGCUGACGCCAUUGUUCCUCAGCGAUUGCACUGCUUGCUGGCUCGUCAACAUGGCGGCCUUUGAGGCCUGCACGUCCACCAGCUAUCCCUCGGAUGGUUUCGUGGUUAGCUCGUACCUCUCACUCCUGGCGAUGCUCAUGGACAAGGAGGAGGACGUGCACCAGCUGCGAGCAAAGCACCUCCUGCGCAGCUUCUUCAGCAACCAAGAGGUGCUAGGCUUCUUCAAGGGCCUCACUCGCCACAUGCGCCUCGGCCGACGCUACUACUCCAUCUUGGAGGAAGUUGAACAUUACAGGCGUGAAAGGCCUGUGAGGAUUGCUGUUCAUAAGUUUCUCUACAGAAACUUCAAGACCAUAGCCGCCGUGCUCUCCAUCGCCGGCGUGCUUGUAGGCAUCUUCAAAACCCUCCUUAGUCUCAAGGAGCAUCCGCAGUAGGUUCAUUUCACGACUUCAUGCGUGUUUGUUGUAAA